AUGUCUGUUUCGUUGAGGGAUUUGGAUCCAGCUUUCCAAGGAGCUGGACAGAAGGCUGGAAUCGAGAUAUGGAGAAUUCAAAAUUUUAGUCCUGUUCUUGUUCCAAAGUCUUCACAUGGAAAAUUCUUCACUGGAGAUUCUUACAUCAUUCUAAAGACCACUGCCUUGAAAAAUGGUGCUCUCAAUCACGACAUUCACUAUUGGCUAGGGAAAGAUACCAGUCAGGAUGAAGCUGGUUCUGCAGCAAUUAAAACAGUCGAAUUAGACGCGGCACUCGGCAGCCGAGCUGUGCAAUAUCGUGAAGUACAAGGCCAUGAAUCCGAGAGGUUCCUUUCUUAUUUCAAGCCGUGCAUAAUACCUCAAGAAGGAGGAGUUGCCUCGGGAUUCAAACACGUGGAGCCUGAGGAGCAUCAAACUCGAUUGUACGAGUGUAAAGGAAAACAUGUUGUUAAUGUGAAAGAGGUGCCUUUUGCCCGAUCGUUGCUAAAUCAUGACGACGUAUUUAUUCUCGAUACGAAAUCGAAAAUCUUCCAAUUCAAUGGUUCGAACGCGUGUAUUCAAGAGAGGGCUAAAGCUCUGGAAGUUGUUCAGUACAUUAAAGAUACUUAUCAUGAUGGAAAAUGUGAUAUUGCCACUAUUGAUGAUGGAAAACUAAUGGCCGAUGCCGAUACUGGAGAAUUUUGGGGGUUCUUUGGUGGCUUUGCUCCACUUCCCAAGAAAACAAAUGCCGAUAAACCGAACGGCACGAAUAAUGAUGCUACCUCUAAGCUUUUCUGUAUCGAAAAGGGCGAGGCAGUACCUUUUGAAACUGAAUCUUGGACAAGAGAUUUAUUAGAAACGAAUAAAUGCUACAUUCUCGAUUCGGGUUUAGAUGUAUUUGUUUGGAUGGGGAGAGGUACUUCUGUUGAGGAAAGGAAAGCUGCAAGCAGAACAGUUGAUGAAUUACUGUGUAGCAUGAAUAGAACUAAUUCUCGUAUAAUCCGUAUGGUCGAGGGGUUUGAGAUCGUGACUUUCCGCACGUAUUUCGAGUCGUGGCCUAAAUCGGCCAAUGUGGCUGUGUCUACUGAUGGGAGAGGGAAAGUUGCAGCACUAUUGAAGCGUCAAGGACUUAAUGUGAAGGGUUUGAAGGAAGAACCUCCCAGAGAAGAACCUCAACCAUAUAUAGACUGCUCAGGCGAUUUACAGGUUUGGCGUGUAAAUGACCGAGAAAAAAUACUCCUUCAAGAUUCAGAUCAGAAUAAGUUUUACAGUGGAGAUUGCUAUAUUUUUCAAUAUUCAUAUUCUGGUGGAGAAAGAGAAGAAUAUCUUAUAGGGACAUGGUUCGGAAAGCAAAGUGUUGAGGAAGAUAGAGUGACAGCAAGUUCGCUAGCUAGCAAGAUGGUUGAAGCUCUGAAGUUUUUGCCCACUUGGGCUCGCAUUUACGAAGGACACGAACCAAUCCAGUUCUUCGCCGUUUUGCAGAGCUUCAUUGUCUUCAAGGGAGGUUUAAGUAAUGGGUACAAGAAUUACAUAGCUGAAAAGGAGCUUCCAGAUGAUACUUAUACAGAGGACGGGCUUGCAAUUUUCCGAAUUCAAGGGACCGGACCUGAAAAUAUGCAAGCAAUUCAAGUUGAACCUGUAGCCUCAUCCUUGAAUUCAUACUAUUGUUACAUACUACACAGUGGAUCUUCUGUCUUCAACUGGUCAGGAAAUCUUACAACAUCAGAAGAUCAAGAACUUGUCGAGAGGCAGCUCGAUGUAAUAAAGCCAAACAUGCAGUCGAAAUUUCAAAAAGAAGGCGCAGAAUGUGAGCAGUUUUGGGAUUUGUUAGGUGGAAAGACCGAGUACUCGAGCGAGAAAAUUUCGAGAGAGGCCGAAAGCGAUCCUCAUUUGUUCUCGUGCACUCUAUCCAAAGAGGUGUACAAUUACAACCAAGAUGACUUAAUGACUGAAGAUAUAUUCAUUCUCGAUUGCCAUUCGGACAUUUAUGUAUGGGUUGGUCAACAGGUCGAUUCGAAGAAUAAGUUGAAUGCAUUAAAUUUGGGGGAGGAAUUUCUGGAGCGCGAUUUUCUUUUGUCGAAAUUAUCCAAGGAAGCACCAAUAUAUGUUAUUAUGGAAGGGAACGAACCGGCAUUUUUCACGCGUUUUUUCACUUGGGACCCCACCAAAUCUUCAAUUCAUGGUAACUCUUUCGAAAGAAAACUUGCCGUUCUCAAACAUGGAGGCACAUCAAUGUUGGAUAAACCGAGAAGGCGACCUGUGAUAUUUAGCGGGAGAUCGGCCGCGCCUGAAAAAUCCCAACGUUCGAGAAGCGUAACAUUUAGCCCCGAACGAGCUCGUGUGAGAGGAAGAUCUCCUGCUUUCAACGCUCUAGCCUCGACUUUUGAGAACCCAAACUCGAGAAACUUGUCGACUCCUCCUCCAAUGGUGAAAAAGCUUUACCCAAGAUCGAGUUCGCCGGAUUCCGUAAACCCACCUUCGAAAUCGGCUGCCAUAGCCGCACUAAGUGUUGGCUUUCAACAGCCGGGCCCCGCCAGGCAAUUCGUCAUCCCUCGUUCUAUUAGAGCGGGCAAUGAGGUACCGAAACCAAGAUUCGAGGGGAAAAUGUCUCGUGAAAACUCGGUGGAGCAAUUGAAAUCCAUGCCGGAGACCAUACAAGAAGACAUGAAGGAAGAUGAAGUUGAAGAUGACGAAGGACUUCCGAUAUAUCCAUUUGAACGCCUCAUCACAUCAUCAACCGAUCCCAUUGAGGAUAUUGAUGUGACUAAGCGAGAGACUUAUUUGUCCGUGGAUGAGUUUAAAGAGAAAUUUGGGAUGACUAAGAGUGCUUUCAACAAGCUACCCAAAUGGAAGCAGAAUAAGAUGAAAAUUUCGCUUCAAUUGUUCUAA